AUGGCAUCGAAUCAGCCCCCAGCCUAUCCGGCAGCGUCUGGCCAAGCAACUGCUGAAGAGGGCACAUUCCCCCAAAGUGAACAACCGACAGACGUCCACAUCAACGAGGAUGGCAUCAGCACCCGGCUCCACGUCGGAGAUGACGGACGCAUGGAAAUUGAUAUCAGCAAAAGCGACGCCAGGCUUGUCGAUCAGCUCGAACAUAUUCGCUUGAAUGCUGCACCAGAAGAGCCCGAAACACCCCCACAGUACGAAGAAGGGAAACUUCUGGCUGUACCACCACUGAACAUCGUCAUCCAAAUAGUAGGCUCGCGCGGAGAUGUCCAGCCAUUUGUCGCGCUGGGCCAAGUCUUGAGGCACAGCUACGGCCAUCGAGUACGCCUGGCGACGCACGGGGUGUUCAAGAAGUUUGUCGAAGAAAAUGGCCUCGAAUUCUUCGACAUUGGAGGCGAUCCGGCCGAAUUGAUGGCAUUCAUGGUCAAGAAUCCCGGGCUCAUCCCGAGCAUGAAAUCCGUCAAAGAAGGUGACAUCAGCAAACGACGGAAAGGCAUGGCCGAGAUAGUUCGGGGAUGUUGGAGCUCUUGUGUAGAUACUGUUGACAAGCCUGAUGCCGACGAAGACUCCACCAAAUCGAAGUUGUCGCCCUUCGUCGCAGACGCCAUAAUCGCAAACCCACCCAGUUUCGCGCACAUCCACUGCGCAGAGAAACUAGGCAUUCCUCUCCAUCUCAUGUUCACUAUGCCAUGGUCACCGACGCGCGACUUUCCCCAGCCGAUUGCUAACAUCAAGACCAGCGACAACAGUCCAAGUGCCACAAACGAAAGCAGCUACACCAUUGUCGAGUUGAUGACGUGGCAAGGCCUGGGCGAUAUCAUCAAUAAGUUCCGGCGAGACACUCUGAACUUAGGAGAACUUACCCAGGCCGCGGGAGUCACACUAAUCGAGAGGCUUCGCGUCCCAUACACAUACUGCUGGUCCCCCACUCUCAUCCCGAAACCGAAGGACUGGGGUCCGCAUAUUGACAUUGCAGGCUUCUAUUUCCUCUCUCUAGCAACUAACUAUCAGCCUCCCACAGAUCUUGCUGACUUUCUAGCGGCUGGGGAAGCCCCCGUCUACAUUGGUUUUGGUUCAAUAGUUGUCGAUGAUCCCAAUGCCAUGACUAAUACGAUAUUCGAGGCAGUUCGAAAGACCGGGCAGCGCGCAUUGGUUUCCAAAGGAUGGGGUGGUCUCGGUGCAGAUGAUCUCGACAAACCUGACAAUGUGUUUAUGCUCGGAAAUUGUCCCCAUGAUUGGCUCUUUAAACACGUGUCGUGUGUGGUACACCACGGCGGAGCUGGGACUACGGCCGCAGGUAUUGCACUUGGGCGACCUACCGUCAUUGUUCCUUUCUUUGGCGACCAGCCAUUCUGGGGAGCCAUGGUUGCCCGUGCUGGAGCUGGUCCAGCGCCAAUCCCUUAUAAGAAGCUUACUGCAGACGGCCUUGCUACUGCGAUAUUCGAAGCAAUUAAGCCGGAGACAUUAGAGCGGGCAAAAGAACUCGGAGACCGAAUUAAGGCGGAGAAAGGCACGGAGGAGGGAGCCUCUAGCUUCCACAGGCAAAUCAAGGUUGACCGUUUGCGUUGUAUGCUUGCGCCAAAUCGGACGGCUGUGUGGAGGGUCAAAACCAAGAGUAAGGAUCCACAGCAGGUCAUCAGGUUGAGUGCCUUCGCUGCCACUGUUCUGGGAAACGAGGGUGUUCUUGACAUGAACAAGCUCAAGAUCUACCGCCCAUGUAGCUGGCAUUCGGAGGAACUGGUCAAAGAGACUAAUGUUAGCCAGGCAAACCCCUUGACCAGCGCAGUAGGCUCCGUGGCCACUGGUGUGCUCAACUAUCCAGUCAUUGUGGCCAAGGCAUGGGGCGGUGUUGUGUAUGAGCCUUACAAAGGCGCCAGAAAAUCCGGCUGGCGCGGCUUUGGUAAAGGGCUAAAAACGGGCCUCGGCGGGUUUCUCUUCCCCCGACAAGGUAUAGGUUUGAGGUCGUAUACUUUCCGCUCCAUCUACGAGCAUUACAGGAGCAGGAUGGACUCGGAGACCCUGAGUUAUAUCCUUGCAGCACGCUACACGGAAGGAUUGGAACAGAUAAAAGCUUCGACGGAAGCAGAGCGAGCAGUGGUGAUCGGUCGCUGGAAGAAGCUCGCACCUGACUUAAAAUGA